GAAAUUUUACAAAAUUUUAUAACUCGGAACGGAAUUAUGAACGCUCAACACUCCGGAACACAAAAUUGAUAGUUCGUAAGCGUUCCGCUAAGGGGCGCCGAACAACUUGGUCUGUUGCAGCUGUUCAGCUGCUUCAUGUCAUUAAGGAGAUUCGUUCUCCCGAUCGAUGUAAAAAAAUGGCUCUACGUAUUUUAUAAUUAUCCUAAUUUUGUUUUAGCAUUUUGUUUAAUGUAAAGACAAACUUGUUAAUUCGUAUGGCAUGCGAAAUGUUGGGAUUAUUAUUGAUGUUUGAUUCAAUCUCUCCUUCUGUAGGUUAGAUGAUGGCGAUUUUGCAGUUUAGUUGAUCGUCAUGACCGUUACUUACACGGCAGAAGUUGCCACUAGCAGAGGUUUUGGUUGCUUUUGGAAAUUAUUAUUUCGUUGGCGAGGCAGCAUCUACAAGUUACUAUGGCCUGAACUGACACUCUACCUCGCACUCUAUUACAGCUGUAGUGCCAUUUACAGAUUUGUGUUAACAAAUCCUCACAAAAGGUAUUUUGAAAAAGUGGCUAUUUAUUGCAACACUUAUGCAGAUUUCAUUCCGGUUUCGUUCGUUUUGGGAUUUUACGUAUCGCUUGUUGUAAAGAGAUGGUGGGAUUCUUUUAUGAGUAUACCUUGGCCAGAUUCUUUGGCUUUUUUUGUCAGUGCCUUUCUACAUGGACAGGAUGAAAGAGGAAGACUAAUGAGGAGAACCAUAAUGCGUUAUGUGAACCUGGCGUUGAUAUUUACAAUGACGUCCAUUAGUCCGUGCGUCAAGAAGCGAUUUCCAACCUUGGAUCAUCUGGUGGAGGCAGGAAUACUUUUAGCAAAUGAAAAGAAAAUUAUAGAGCAAAUGAAAACGCAUCAUUCUACUUAUUGGAUGCCUUUGGUAUGGGCAUCAAGCAUUGCCGCUCGGGCGAGGAAAGAGGGAAGAAUCAGAGACGAUUUUGCACUCAACACUGUUGUUGAUGCAAUAGCAAAUUAUCGCGCACUCUGUGGUGGGUUGCUGAAUUAUGAUUGGAUCAGUAUACCUCUUGUAUAUACGCAGGUUGUUACAUUAGUAGUUUAUACUUUUUUUCUGGCUUCCUUAAUGGGGCAACAAUAUCUUGAUCCUGCACAAGGUUAUCAAGGUCAUCAAGUAGAUUUAUAUGUGCCAGUCUUUAACUUUUUGCAGUUCUUUUUUUAUAUGGGUUGGCUUAAGGUUGCCGAAACACUUGUUAAUCCGUUUGGUGAAGACGAUGACGAUUUUGAAGUUAACUGGGUCAUCGAUCGUGAUAUACAGGUUUCGUAUCUAAUUGUAGACGAAAUGCACCAAGAACAUCCUGAAUUGAUUAAAGAUCAGUACUGGGAUGAAAUCAUGACUGAAUUGCCGUAUACUGCUGCCGCGAUGCCGUUCCACACAGGACCCCCACAGGGUUCGGCUGCUGCUGUAACGGUUCCAGAAAAAUUGGCUGAAUUUGUUCCUAUGGAACCGUUAGAAGAGACUCCCGACGAACCCUAUGUCGAGGUUACUGAUACUUGCACAAUGCCCAUGAAUACAACGCAAAGCCAUUUAUUAUCUCAAAGAUUAUCUGGAAGCAUGCAGAGUAGUAUUUCAGGUCUGGCAGGGCCAUAUCAUCCUCAUUCUCAACAAAAGAAAAAUAUAUUAUCUAUGCUACAUAAACUAUUCACUAAAGAAAGUAUAGGUAGUAAUGCUUCUCUCCAGAGUUGUCAAGAUAAAUCACGGAGAUUAACUAAAUCAAUUUCCAGAGAUAGUAAUAUAUCUCAAGGAACUAACCUUUCGAAUCCACCCUCCCCAACAUAUUUCAGAGAAAGUACCCGUGAUUUUAAUGAUGACAUUUUCCAUCUGUCUGAUUUGUCGUUGGCCGAAUCGAGAUCUGCCAGUGUGGCUCACAGUCCAGGAGUGACAGGGAAUCUGCACAUGUCGGACAUGUUUGCCAGACUGAGAGCAGACCGGCCGCACAAAUAUAAUGUGCAACGUCAUCCAUCAUACAACAAACAAACAUUAUCUGUGACAGAAGAAGAAAAGACGCAGAAUGAUAAUAAAUUGCAGAAAAUAAGCAGUCUGAAACAGCUCCUACGACCGAAAUCAAAAGAAGAUAAAUCAUCUUCGACCAUUUUAAAUCCUAAAGAUCACACUAGCAAUAUGACGUCGACACCAAACGGCAAUGGCCAGCUGUUGGCUGCCAGCGUUCGGGCGGCCAUGGCACAGAAUAAGGAAGACGAAGACGAUGACAAGAAAUUGAAAGAAAAUAAACUCGGAACUGGUGAUUUCUGCGAUCAGUUGAAGAACACGGACUGCGAUGGUUCUGUUCGGCGCGUCUCUCUGUAUUCCAUAUGCAGUACUAAGCAGAGUAGUAGAAAUUCCUCAGAAAACUUUGACAUGCGCAGAAGUUCGACGACAUCUGUGCCAGUGACCGAAGACCGAAACACAGGUAGCGAAUACAGACAUUCUAGAUACAAGCAGAGACCGUUCGCCUUGUCUUCUAAGUUCUUUUGUAACUUCGAUAGAAAACCCAAACGAACGUUGAGUCUGUUGAACCACAAUGAUGUCAACCAGAUGAUGAACGUCAACGUGAAUCAUUCCACCACGGAAAAGUCGGAAAAACACAAAAAGCAGCGCGAGAUUAUCGACACCGGAAGUCAACCGGGCAGUCCCAUAGAUCUGAAACCUCCACUGCAGAACAUUCCCCUGAUACAUGGAAUUAGCAAUCCAGUAAACACCCUGGAAACAUCUGGAGAAAGUCUGCUGCACGGGAAAUUUUUUGCCUCGUCGCAUACCAGCGGAAUGUAGUGCGUGCAAAGUAUGUUUUUCUGCAAAUUACGCCAGAGCUGUGAUAAUUUCAUUUGCUUUCGAACAGUGAUAUACGCGUGCUUUUUACGAGUAUACAUAAAGACGUUCACUUUACUUUUCGCGUAAAUCGGAUGAUUUAAUUCUACCAGAGGUGAUAUUUUACGUGCAAACUCCACGAAAGGCCAAAUAUCAUCAAAAACAGCAAAACAAUGUAUUAAGAAAGCACAAUGACCUACCAAAGCAGAAGAUUUCCACCUUUUACAAUAACAUAUUACGCGUUAUGCCAUGGUUAAAUUAUUAUUAUUAUGUUGCAGAUCUCAUCAUCAAUGUACAAUUAGCAUUUAUUCAUUUUUAUGUUUACAAAGUAUAAUUUCAAUAUAUAAUUUGCUCAACUUUCACACUAAGUGGGUUUUUAGCUUGUGGAAGCAUUCAUAGUUUAAUGUGUGUAUAUAUGUGUAUAUAUAUGUUUUAUUGUUUUUGAAUUUUUAUUUAUAUGUUGGCGAAAUAUAAUUGAGAGGACAAUCGGGUACUGGCAAUACGCCACAUUGCAAAUCAUCUCGAAUUUCCAGAAUCUCGAAGGUGCAAUGGCACACUGGUGCCAUCCUCUCUAUGAAUAUAAAUUUUUAAAGAUUUAUUUACAAUCGUUACCUCUUUCUUCAUUAACCAGAGAUUUCCAACUAUACAUUUAAUACUUCAAUUUUAAUCCAUUUAGCGAUUUUACAAGAAAAAAAUUUUUUUAAAUAUAAAUGUGUGUGGUAUUAGGUAAAAAUUCUGUGUUAGAUAACAUUCCGAUUUCUGCUUUUAAAGCGCUUGAUUUAGGCAAGUAGAGGAGUGUUCUUUGAUCUCAUGUCGAUUAUCUAGUCAUUUGUCACUUGGGCCGAGAAGAGAUUUUAAGGGUUUCUGCUGAAUGAUAUAAUUAUAUCCAUUGAAAUCCUUGCCCAAAGUGCCAUGAUGUACGGAAAAACCAAUCUUUCCAUCCAUGUCUUUACUUUUUUGUUGAAUCUCUUACCAAAAUCCCAAUUAUUUUCUACCCCAAUACAGAAGCUAUUCUUUAUGGUAUUGAUACUUAGUUUUUUUAGUUGUUAUAGAUUUUAUAGAAAAAUCAAAUGGUACAAUGAUACAGUGAAACCUGCUAAUGUGAUCACCUUAUACGGGUGGUUGCAUUAGGAGGUUUUACUGUAUAUUGUUUAGAGGGCACAAAGUAACAAUAUUUGAUAUUUUUGUGGGACAGAAAUUCUUAAAGUCCAAAUUUUAAUGUGAUUUUUCCAAAUUUUGAUAUCAUUUCUUUCUACUGUUUGAAAUUGCUAGAGAUGUAAAUUAUGAUGACAUAUGUAAAUUUUGGAUCCUUCUCCAAUAUCUUUGUCGGUUGUUUGCAGAUUACAAUAGAAAAUUCAAUGGCGCAUCUUCUCUCUUGUUUUGUUAGCAACAACGGUUUCCGAUGUUUGCAGGUUAAAUUCACUUUGUCAUUUCAUGGAAAAAAAUAUGCAAAUUAAAAAUAUUUUCGGCCAACUUGCAAGGAUUCCGGUGUGUUAACAGGUGCCAUCUUUGCAGUGGGCUGGCAUUCAAAGUUGAACUCAGAAUCUCUAUUACAUGAUGGAUGGGAGAAUACUCGUUUCGUUUGACAAGAAAAAGAUGUUUGGACAAUUAGUACAAAAACGAGCGAAGAUGCCUUUUGCUACUGGUUAGUUUCCGCAUCGUUCGCAUGGCACAAGCGAUAGUCUCUGUACUAAAUGUGCCAUUUUAUUAAAUUCCUUGCGUACCAAUGGAAGAUGCCUGCAGAUGCUCGAGAACAUUUAUCAUAAUUUACUAUCCCAAAAUGAGAAUCAUAUAUUUUUGUCUAUAUAAAUUAUAUAUAUAUAUAUACAUUUGUAUAUUUUUAAUUGUAAAAAAAAAAACCAAACAGUAAAUCAGUAUAUUAUCAAAAAUAUAACUAAAAUUAAAGAACAUUGUGUAUAUGUAAAUAAAAAAAAUUAAAAAAAACACUAUUUUUGAAUGCCUAAAAAAAUUAAAGAUAUGAGAAAGUGCACCUUGAAAAUCUGGAGGCAGCACGAGAAAGUUUCAAUAUUCUAGUGUAACACCCUAUUUCCUUUAAAUUUAUUGUGUUUUAGUGUAGGGUAUUGGUCAACUUUGAACCUUUUAAUUGUAAAAAUUACCAUAGAUUUUUACCAGCUUUUGAUCUGAAAUGUCAAAACCCUUACAGUAUAACUUGCACUUAGUAGAGAGUGAGAGAGAACUGUACUGUACCACUUAAUAGUUGGUGGUGUGGUAUGGGUGUCGGAAUCCGUGCCUAAUUCCAGAUCUUCGAGGGUCGACUAGUUUAUGUUCUAAUGUGAUAUGCAUUAUGAAAAUCUUUGUUUAGCACUGUGAUAUAUGAGUACUAUAUCGGAAAAUUUGUUGAAAUUAAAGAUGCCAUGAGCAAAUUUGACCUCGUCAUUCUUUGUUAAACCUUUAUUUUCUCCA